ACUCGCCGCGCUCGGUCCGAUCCGAACCCAUUGGGUCGGUUGGUCCCGGGUUAAACCUGGUACAAAAAAUGAAAUAAAAAAAUUAUCGGUUGGUCCCGGGUUGACCCUGGACCGGACCGAACCCAUUGGGUCGGUCCGGUCCUCGGUCCUAGGCUCAAUAGGGUCGGUCCUCGGUCCCAAAAAUUGAGGACCAACACUGUGCGGGUUGGUCCUAGGGUUAGGGGGUGGACCGGCCCAACCCGGACCAUGCUCACCCCUAAUCAUGAUGGGUAAAAGUAAGGCAAAUGAUGAGAAGAUCAAGCAAUUUAGAUGGUCUAAGCCUAUGGAACGUGUUUUACUUGAAAUUCUUGCCGAUGAAGCUAGUAAAGGAAACAAGCCUUCGAGCGCAUUCAAACCCUCUUCAAUUGCUCGAGUUGUCGAUACAAUAAGUGAGAGGUUUGGCGUUCAUUGUCAGCCCGAACAUGUUGAGAACCAUUUGAAGACAAUGAAAAGCAAUUGGAAGACAAUUCAAAUGAUACGUGGCAAGAGUGGAUUCAAUUGGGACGACAAUUUGAAGAUGAUCAUAGCUGGAAAAAAGGAAUUUGAUGAAUAUGUGACGGUCCAUCCUUCUCAUGAGAAGUAUCUAAAUAAGAUGAUUGAUAUGUAUGAUGAGAUGUCUUUGGUGGUUGGGAGAGAUAUGGCUACCGGAAGCUUUGCUAAGCAGCUCGGAGAUGUUGAUGUAACGGAAGUUGACUCCUCACCCAUUGAUUUAGACGAUGACUUUGAUGAGUUGAUGAAGGGAUCAAAAACAUCUUCAUCUACCGUGCCUUCGGAAAAGAGGGCCCACAAAAGACGAAGAUGUUCCGACAAUGAUGAUAAAUAUGCUCCAUUUUCAAAACAACUUGGAGAGAUGGCAUUGACGAUUAAAUCACUUGGUCAAAGCGGUAUCAAUUACUCUCAACUGUACAAUGAGGUGAUGAAGGUGGAUGGUUAUGAUGAAGUUUCCCUUGGUUCGGUUUUUGAUUACCUAGUUGAGAAUGAAAAUAUUGGAAAAGCAUUCAUGGUGAAGAGUGUGAAUCUUAAGAAAGUGUGGAUUGAUAAAUUUCUAGCCAAAGGAGAACAAUGACAUAUUUUGUAGAGCUUUGUUGUCAAAAGACUCAUGUAUUGUUUCUUUUUAUAUUAUUAGUGUUAGUACUCCGAGAGAUGAAGUUUGAUGUAUGGUUGGUCUGUAUUGGUUUUUCUAUGACUAGUGAUCUCAGUGUGGACUAUGCAUUUUAACUUAA